CGCGUUGGGCAGUUGGCGGCGCGCUUGGCCGGCUGGUUGUUGGCGGGAGCGCAGCGCAAGCAGCGCCAUGGUGGAGAAGGAGGAGGCCGGCGGCGGCAUCAGCGAGGAGGAGGCCGCGCAGUAUGACCGACAGAUCCGCCUCUGGGGCCUGGAAGCCCAGAAACGGCUGCGGGCCUCCCGGGUGCUCCUCGUCGGCAUGAAAGGCCUUGGGGCUGAAAUCGCCAAAAACCUCAUCCUGGCCGGAGUGAAAGGACUGACCAUGCUGGAUCACGAGCAGGUCUCUCCAGAGGAUCCUGGAGCACAGUUCCUGAUUCGGAGCGGGUCCGUCGGCCGGAAUCGAGCCGAAGCCUCGCUGGAGCGGGCCCAGAACCUCAACCCGAUGGUGGACGUGAAGGUGGACACCGAGGAGUUGGAGAAGAAACCCGAAUCUUUCUUCAGCCAGUUUGAUGCCGUGUGUCUGACCCGCUGCUCCCGGGAUGUCAUUGUUAAAGUGGACCAGAUCUGUCACAAGAACAGCAUCAAGUUCUUCACAGGGGAUGUUUUCGGCUACCACGGAUACACAUUUGCCAACCUUGGGGAGCAUGAGUUCGUGGAGGAGAAAACUAAAGUGGCCAAGGUUAGCCAGGGAGUGGAAGACGGACCCGAUACCAAGAGAGCAAAACUGGAUCCGUCCGAGACCACCAUGGUGAAAAAGAAGCUGCUCUUCUGCCCCGUGAAGGAGGCUCUGGAGGUGGACUGGAGCAGCGAGAAGGCCAAGGCCGCUCUGAAGCGCACGGCUCCCGACUACUUUCUCCUGCAAGUGCUCCUGAAGUUCCGCACGGACAAGGGACGGGACCCGAGUGUGGACACGUGCGCCGAGGAUGCCGAGCUGCUGCUACAGAUCCGCAACGACGUGCUGGACGCGCUGGGCGUGAGCCCCGACCUGCUGCCUGACGACUUUGUCAGGCACUGCUUCUCCGAGAUGGCUCCCGUGUGUGCCGUGGUCGGUGGGAUCUUGGCUCAGGAAAUUGUGAAGGCUCUGUCUCAGAGGGACCCGCCUCACAACAACUUCUUCUUCUUCGACGGCCUGAAGGGCAGCGGCGUCGUGGAGUGCCUCGGCCCCAAGUGAGCUGCACGCCUGGGUGUAGUGGUUCCGGCACAGGGUGGUGCCAGCCCCACCUCAUGCCGCUCCGGAGCUAUGCUGACACCUUUGUGUAGGACUGUAGCCAGCAGUGGUACCAGCCUACCCUUGCCUCUGCCCAAGAGCCUCCUGCCACGCCCUGGACCCUCUCUGCUUGACGUCCCCCCUGCAGGUGGGGAGUGAGGCCCAGGGACACAUUCAGACCGCCACUUGCAGAGGGGACAUGGCGGCUCGGAGGCUGGAGAGCCUGCAAAACAGCAGGUGGCCCUUGCUCGCUUUCAGUUAGGAUUAGCCACGUUCCAGCCCGGGUCAUGGGAGCCGGGUGGCAUCCCCAGCCAGUGUAAGCAGGGGCGGGUUGCAGGGUCCUCCCAGGGGCAGCCCCUGCCUGGCCCCCCGAACCACAGCUGUUUGUAUUUUACAUGUUUUCUAGAUUCCCCUGGUUGUUCAGAAAGGGAUAAUGGAAAUAAAGUUGUUUGCGUCCAA